AUGAAGAAAGACUUUGCAAAGCAUUUGAUGUACCUAUAUAGCACGGCACUCAAAACGAUUGAGAUUCCAUCCGUGCAUAAGAGAAAGAUGAGGAAGAUGAAAACAAUAUCAAACAAAUAUCAAGUAAGGCUGUCCAGAGAAAUAAAAAGAACAGCCUGCCCUGGCUGCAGCACCAUUCUGAUUCCUGGACUCAACUGUACAUCAAGGGUUGCCAGAAAGGAAAGAGGGCUAUGCCUCGAGACCCUGUGCAACUGCGGGCACGAAAAGGUUUUUGUUGCCCAGGGAAGAUAA